GAGGAGGGUUCGUGAGGAGAUCCGUCGGGAAGGGAGAGCUAGGGCGUGCUCGAGUGCUGGGCAGAGGCCUGGCUUCUCCCGAGAAGGGGCUCAUUCCUGGGUCGGCUGAGGGCGUUCCGAAGUCUCCCGAUGGAGGUUAAGGCUACUUUUCCAGAUAAUCCAACAACUAAGUCACCAGUUUCCAAGGGCACUUGCACCAUCAAUGGAAAACAUCGGAUCCAUGUACUCCAGACAGAUCCUUGGCAACUCAUCUCACCAUCCCCCUGCACAAAAGUUGCUGCACCAGCAGACAAAGGAGGUGACCACUGAAUUUCUUUUUGUUACCAAAUAAAUAUAAUAUCCCUGCCAGCAAAAGAGUACGCAAAGUGUCUCUUCUUAAUAUCACAACCAAUUGAGACCAUGCCAAGAAAUCAGCUUGCCUAGAUGAGAGCCUUUUCUCUUCUUGGGUAGCCAGGAUUUGAAGGAGAGACUGACCUGUACCACUGGUGAGUAACUAACUCUUACACACUGAACUGGUCCUGAGAACUGAACUGUCUUCUUUGUAAAUGAAGAAUAUACAACAUAUUCUUGAAGAACUGCACACUAGAGCAAGCCAGAGGAAUAUUGUGUGUGUGUAAUGGACUGAGAAACAGACAAAUGAAUCUUAUUGAAAGGAUUUUUCAUCUUUUGCUUCUAUUGGCCAAUGUUAGUGUUUUGCUGGCCUAGAUUGUUUCCUUCUUCUGAUUCCUUUUUUCUAUACUGUUGUUCUUUUCUAAUGGGUCCUAGAAAUCCCUCUCCUGACCCAUUAUCAGAAUCAGAAAGUGAGGAAGAAGAAAACGCUAACUACCUCAAUGAGAGUUCUGGAGAAGAGAGGGAUUCCUCUGAAGAAGAGGACCCUGUGGUGUCCUGCCUAACAUCUCUGGAGAGUCUUGCCUGGCAGGUUAAGUGCCUUUUAAAAUAUUCUACGACUUGGAAACCUUUAAAUCAUAAUUCCUGGUUAUAUCAUGCUAAACUCUUGGAUGCUAGCACACCAGUCCAUAUACUUCGAGAGAUAGGUCUAAGACUCUCCCAUUGUUCCCAUUGUGUACCCAAACUGGAACCAAUUCCCGAAUGGAGGCUUCUUGGGGCGUUUCAGAAGCCCCUUAUGAGUCCCAGCUGGCUUUCUAGAGAUCACGCCACUUUAAAUGGAGCACUUCAACUUGCCACCAAGCAGUUAAGCCAGACUUUGAGUAGAGCCACUCCCAUACCUGAAUACCUAAGACAAAUUCCUAAUUCAUGUGUUUCUGGUUGUUGCUGUGGCUGGUUAACUAAAACAGUUAAGGAAACAACCCGCACCGAACCCAUCAACACUACUUACUCCUACACUGACUUCCAAAAAGCAGUUAAUAAACUCCUAACUGCAUCCCUAUAAAGAUACAUCAUUCCUCCUCAUAUCUCUUGGGUUGCCAGUUGAGAAACAAAUGUCUUCUCAACCAAACUACGCCUUGUCCCGACAAACUGAAGUACUAUGAGCAUUAGCUAUGUACCUAGGAGCCCCAUGACUCAGCCACAGAAGACGAGCACUGUGAGCAUUCCCUUGGAAAGACCCUGUGGAUAAAACGAGAACUUCAGUAGAGAAUUAAUCAAAAGAGACCAUAUUACAAAACAUAUGUUGGCUAUUCUCCGCACUCCAUUCUCCCCCCAGUUUAUUCUUCUGGUCUAAUGGAAUGGACUUAACUAAACACCUAAUUAUGAACGGGAAGAAAAAGGAGGCCACGCCUCCAUUUGUUACCCAACCUGCAGAAUAGCCAUUGAGGAGAGUAAUAAGUUAACUACUCCCAAUAACUCCUUUCGGAGCAUACUUUUCUCUAAUACUCAUUUCUAGGGAGGUAGCUUAAUUAAACUGAAUAACUAGACAAAAGACAGUAUGGAAUAUGGAUGUCUCUCCUGGCUUUUAUAGCGAUAGGCCUACAUACGGCACCCUUUAGGGUGGAUAGUUUUGCAUGGAGAGUGCAAUAGUGUAGUAGUAGCCUACACUGCUCCAGACCUAUUACAGUACCUGCAAUUACAGCAUAAACAUUUUAUAAGCUCCCACCAGGCUGUGUCUAGGUAAAAUGGCUUAUGAGAGCAUACCUGAGUAUUAAACAAACACUUGUUCUGUAGGGAAUAUAUUUCCUGCAUCUUGGCAUCCAGACUUUAGUCAAGAGUACAUAAAACACAUUCCAAAAGACCAAUGGGAAAGAAUUAAGAGAGCAUUUAUGCUAAUGCGUUACAGUAGUUCAUCCUAUAAUACUUUCUGGAGCAGCACUUCAUGUACUUUCCACAUCCACUGCAAACUUUUCAGGAACUCUUGUAACUUUAAAGAACCCCACUGCAGAAAACUUCAGCCUAACACAACCUGAAGUUAGAGUUUUUAAUAUCAUUGUUUUUUGUUUUUUUUUUUACAUCUAGCUUUAGGUUUUUCUCUUGCUGAACAGAAAACAUGUACCCUUGUAAAUGAGUCUUGCAAUGUUUAUUUAGAUGUAUCAAAACAUAGAAAUCAGCACAUAUAGGAGUUCCCAUCGU